UUAGAUAAACUUUAAAAAUGUAAAGGAUAUUAGUAAUAUAUUUUUUUAAGUAUGAGAUUUGUGUAAAGUUGAACCGUAAUUACACGGGCCGUUACCAGUAGCAUUCAUAAUUUUGGGCCUUAAAUUAAUUGGGGGCUGAGGCAAAAGUUUCAGCUGCCCUUACCUUAGAGCCGCCCUUGGAGCAGUGAGAUAAGCGGAAGAAAUGAGUUGUAAUCGUGUUUGCACUUCAAGUUGUAGUCAAGUGUUGGUGACUACUGAAUUGAACAUACCCUGUAGAGUAUCAAAUGUUGGUUUGAGGCAGAAAAGAAGUACUAAUGGACAUCGAAAAGUUUUUGCUUAUUAUGGCCUUAAAACCCCACCUUAUAAGCUUGAUGCACUAGAACCAUAUAUGAGCCAAAGGAUGGUUGAGGUGCAUUGGGGUGAACAUCAUCGUGGUUAUGUUGAAGCUCUUAACAAACAACUUGAGAAGAAUGACAUACUUUAUGGAUGCACCAUGGAGGAACUUAUCAAAGUAACAUACAACAAUGGAAAUCCAUUACCUGAAUUCGCUCAUGCUGCCCAGGUAUGGAAUCAUGAUUUCUUCUGGGAAUCCAUGCAACCGGGAGGUGGUGACAUGCCUAAAUUAGGACUCCUUCAGCAAAUUGAGAAGGAUUUUGGUUCAUUUACCAACUUCAAGGAGAAGUUUAUAGAGGCAGCUCUCACAUUAUUUGGCUCUGGAUGGAUUUGGCUUGUCUUGAACAGAGAGGAGAAGCGUCUUGCAAUUAUUAAAACAUCAAACGCUGUCAACCCGCUUGUGUGGAAUGAUAUCCCCCUAAUCGGUUUGGACGUGUGGGAGCAUGCUUAUUAUCUGGAUUACAAGAAUGAUAAAGCGAACUAUGUUAAUGUGUUCAUGAAUCAUCUUGUCUCUUGGGAUGCGGCAUUGGGACGUAUGGCUCGAGCACAGGCCUUUGUAAAUUUAGGCGAACCCAAAAUUCCUGUUGCAUGACAUGUUCCUUUAAUCAGUUCUUUCUGUAAAUAAUCCGUGUGCACGAAAAGGUAUUUUAGUACAAAAACUUUAUGCAUUUGCUUCGUCCCUUGGUGGAAGGUGCAUUUUUUUUUUUGGAACAAGCUAUGUUGAGCUGAUAUUUAUACAUCUACUGGCAAAGUAAUUCAGAGAGUGUUUGCAAAAA